ACACACCCGCGAGACUGUUAAGUAAAAGGGCCAUCUCUAAAGAUAUUUCAUAUAUAACCCACAUUCGCCGGCAUGAAAUAAGCAUGAACCACCAGAAAAGUCAAAUUAUUUCUUCAAUUAAUUACCCCCAUUCUUCUUCUACUCAAUUUCACUGAUCCACUGUCCAACACAACACAAAGGAUUUCACUGAUCUAUCAUCCUCAUAGCCACAGUUGAGCUGGCUGGUGUCUUAUUUCUGUCUAAUUUUGGGUAAAUUAUAUGAAUGGGGUAUGAUUUGUAUACUUGUAUGAUUUAUUAGUAACUUGAUUACUACUAGAAUUGUUGGAUGUGCGGUCUGCGAGGAGUAGAAUUCGAGAUCGAGGCUGAGCGAUUGAAGCGGAGUGAAGAUGAGUGAGAGCCAGCGGUUUCAGCUGGGAACUGUUGGAGCAUUGAGUUUGUCUGUGGUUUCGUCGGUGUCCAUCGUGAUUUGCAACAAGGCGCUUAUUAGCACACUUGGUUUCACUUUUGCUACAACCUUGACAAGCUGGCAUCUUCUGGUCACAUUCUGUUCUCUUCAUGUGGCAGUAUGGAUGAAAUUGUUUGAGCACAAGCCUUUCGAUCCAAAAGCUGUAAUGGGUUUUGGCAUACUGAAUGGGACAUCUAUUGGACUUUUGAAUCUUAGCUUAGGUUUCAACUCUGUUGGUUUCUACCAGAUGACAAAAUUGGCAAUCAUCCCGUGUACAGUACUUUUGGAGACUCUUUUCUUUAGGAAGAUUUUCAGUCGGAAUGUUCAGCUUUCACUUACCGUCCUCCUUUUGGGUGUUGGAAUUGCAACUGUAACUGAUUUGCAGCUCAAUGUCCUAGGUUCUGUCCUAUCUCUGCUUGCAGUUGUUACAACGUGUGUUGCACAGAUUAUGACCAAUACCAUCCAGAAGAAGUUCAAGGUUUCUUCAACCCAACUCCUGUAUCAGUCUUGUCCCUAUCAGGCAAUCACUUUGUUUCUCACUGGACCUUUCGUAGACGGGCUUUUGACAAAUCAGAAUGUUUUUGCUUUCAAUUAUACCCCUCAAGUGCUGGCCUUCAUUGUUCUGUCCUGCCUGAUUUCAGUCUCUGUAAAUUUCAGUACCUUUCUGGUGAUUGGAAGGACAUCUCCAGUUACCUAUCAGGUCCUAGGACAUCUAAAAACAUGCCUAGUUUUGGCCUUCGGCUAUGUUUUACUUCAUGACCCUUUUAGUUGGCGAAACAUUUUAGGAAUCCUGAUUGCUGUAGUUGGAAUGGUACUCUAUUCUUAUUGUUGCACUCUUGAGAGCCAGCAAAAGGCUAGUGAAGCAUCAGUGCAAUUGUCCCAGGCAAAGGAAAGUGAAUCUGAUCCUCUAAUAAGUGUGGAAAACGGAGCUAGCAUUUUAACCGAUGGUGUUGUCUCAAAAGCCCCUGCAUGGAAUUCAAAUAAAGACUUUCAAGCUUGAAGUUUCCUGAAAUCUCUAUUAAUUCGUUCAACCUAGUUCAAAUUAGUAGACAAAAAGUUUUCCAGCGAUGAAGAUUUCGCUGCAUGGGACUUUCAUAGCACAAGGUGGGAUGUUCCUAGAUCACUUGUAUUCUUGCGGUCACCGGUCACCAGAGCUAAGAAUGUGUCUUCUGAUAUUGCAGUUUCAGUUAGCUUUGUAAGAGAGCUAGGUGUGCCAAUAAUAUGCUUAUAUACGAUGAGGUAUUUAUUUUUUAAUACAGAAGAUGUCUCCCUUGCUCUUAUCGAGAUUUGUUUGUUUUCUGUGAAGAAAAUGGAGACAUGAAGUUUUGAAGAUCAAACUUCAUCCAUUGUAACGAAAUUUGGUCUCUCUUGAGAUUGCUUAUAUCUGUUAUAUAGCCUAUUUAUGAGAAACAUACAGGUAUUCUGAGAUUGCUCA